AUGCCCGACGACUCAGUUCGCCCACUCAUUUACGCACGGUCAUUCUCCCCCGCGCCCAUAUCCGACGUCGACACCGGAAACCACAAUAAAAUGGAGAAUAAUAUGGAUCUCGCUGGCGGAAGUGUGCGGCGGAAAGGGAAAGUCUCUUGGGUCCUGGCGCUGUCGUACGUCUUUGACUGGGCUGUCCUCGUCGCUUUUGCGGCAAUCGGUUACGUAUUGGGGGAUAUUACACCAAAUAAACGGCCGUUUUCUCUUGACAAUCGCGACAUUGCCUUCCCAUUUACUGUCAAAGAGACCGUCCCAGUGUGGCUCUUGGUCAUUGUCGGUAUCGUCGUCCCGAUCGUCAUCAUCAUCAUCAUCUGCCUCGUCCUGGUGCCCGGCGCAACCGUUCCCGUGGGAACCCCUAAAUCGCUGAUCUGGAAGCGCAAGUUGUGGGAGUUGCACACGGGCUUGCUAGGCCUGGCGUUGUCGCUGGUGGCCGCCUGGUUCAUCACCAACGGCAUGAAGAACCUCUUUGGAAAGCCGCGCCCGGACCUGCUCUCGCGAUGCCAACCCGAUCUCGACAAUUUGUCUGACUACAUCAUUGGGGGGGUGAAGGGGCUAAAGACGGCCACCACUGCCGGACAGCUCGUGAGCCCGAACAUCUGCAAGAACCCAGACAAGUAUCAGUUGGAGGACGGGUUCAGGAGCUAUCCCAGCGGUCACUCGAGCUCUGCCGCCGCCGGCCUACUCUACUUCUCCCUCUUCCUCGCUAGCAAGUUCGCCAUCACGAUCCCCUUCCUCGCGCCGGCCGGCUUCGCCGACGCCUCCGCCUUCACCGCAUUCCCCUCUCGCACUCGCCUACCGAGCAUCAAAGUUUCCGGCCCGGACUCCUACGAGCUCGCUAACCGCAGCAACCCGAAUGGCAACGCCAACGUCCCCUCUGCGGCAGCCCUCGACUCGAUCCUUGGCAAUAAGGGCAUCUCCCGACACAACCAAACCGUCUCUGCCGUCCGCCGUCAAGCCGCCGCGCCGCCUCUUUACCUCCUCUGCAUUGCCCUCGUCCCCUUCGGCGCUUCUGUUUUCAUCGCCGGUUCGCGCUGGUGGGACUUCCGCCACCACGCCUUUGACAUCCUCUUCGGCUACCUCAUCGGCGUUGUCACUGCCAUCUUCGCAUUCCGCUACUACCAUCUACCCAUUUCCAGCGGCGCGGGCUGGGCAUGGGGCCCGCGCAGCCACGACAAGGCGUUCUGGGCCGGCGUUGGCAGCUUUAGUUACGCCACGGACCGUGUCCGUGGAGAGUAUCAGGCAGGAGAUGAGGAGGAAGCGUUGGGUGAUGUGUAUGGGCGCGGGAGUGCGGUCAGCGGGGCGACGGAGCCGAUAACGUCGUCGAGAAAGACGACGGGAGCAAGCGGCCUAGGCGGGCGUGGGGGCAACGGGUCGGAGGAAGGGAGGAGGGAAGUUUCGCAUUUUAAUGGGUCGCAGAUCUAG